AUUUCGCGCGCAAUUGCAUGCAGCAGGUGUCAAGGACUACAUCAAUCCAUUCAUUGAGGAUAGUGGCAACGUUGAGGUAGAAAUGGCUGAAUCGAUGCUCAUCUUGAGAAUGUGUUCCAUAAUGAUGGUCCUUGGUUUUUCAGGUAAGAAUACAAAAUCCUAAACUCUUCUUCAAGGUUUGAAUAUUUCUAUAAAUAAACAUAUUAAUUAGGCCUACUUUGAUAUUUGUUGGGAGUGGGAUUAUUUUUUGUUUUUAAUUGUAUUUAUUCGAUUAUUUAUUUGUUUAUUUGUUAAUUAUUUGUCAAUAUGCAUUUGCCUAUAGUUUAAAUAAUAUAUACAUAUAUAGACACAAAAUGUCACUGUUGGAGUUCAUUUGUUUGAAUCUGGGGUAUGUAUGCCUCAGUGUAAUGACUUUCUUCAUUAAAAUCCUUGGCAGAAAUGGUUUUUAUCCAUAUCCAAUAUACUAUUUAAAUAUCAGUAUAUCAGAGCUGGUAUAGCCUAUAUAUGACGAUCAUAUCACUGCUGCAGAUGUAGGAUCUUAAUUUGAUCACCCUGUUGCAGGAGAACUUUCCUGCGAUGUGGGACAUUUAAAAACUUGGUGUGUGUUUAAAAAGGCUUCUGAAGUUUGUAAUUUCCACUUUGACAUUUCAGACUUCAUUUCCACUUAAGAUACAUUUAUCAAGCCCUACAAAAAUGUACAUUAAUUAUAAUCCACAUAAUAAGUCACAUUUCCUGUUGCUGCAGGAUUAUUUUCCUGCUGUAGAAAACUGGCUUCCCCUCACAGGGAACAUGGUUCACAGUUUGUGUUCUGUCAUGAGAUUCACUGGACUUGUUUGUCUUACUUUUCAUUUACAUGUUUUUUAAUCUUACCUAAGGGAUUCAAUCCAACUUUACAGAGCUAACUAAUGUGAACAUUUUCCUUGCCAAUUUUCCCUACAUGUACAGUAUACAGCAUUUUCAACACAUUCCUCAAGUACAUGAAUGUGGUACUACAUCCAUACAGCAUUCCUAAUACUAGAACAUAGGAGAGAAUACUGAGUUUGGUCAUUAUGUUAAAACAUUUGAUAGAAUUAAAUCCAAUCUCUACUGAGUUUCAUCAGCAUGAGGUGUACCCAGAGCAAUGUCCAAGCUCAUCUAUUCCUGAUGCUGAAUUGUAAUAGGAGAUAAAUGCUUUCUGAAUCCAUCCCAGCCCAUAACUUGGCAGUGAUCUUUAAAAUGCCGAAGAAGAGAUGCCAACUAACUACUCUUAUUCUAAUUCCACCACAUCUAAACUCAUCCUAAUUAAUCCAGACGUGAUUGUCAAAGCUGUAUCUUCCCUCUGCUGUAAUUUGGUUUUGGCUCCAAGAGCCCCCUGACCUUGUUUUCCACCCAAAUUGAUGAUAGGGGAUAGGAAAGCAAAAGGUUGGAAAUCUAUCCAACCAUUUCACCUUUCAGUGGCCAAAAGAGACAAAGGACAUAAAGAAAGAAAGUAAGUUAUGAGGCGAAGGAGAUGUGGCCAUCUAAGAGAACUGGGACGCAGACAUAGAGCCUGUCUCAUCCACAGCCACAGAGCCUGUCUCAUCUACAGCCAUACAGCCUGUCUCAGCCUCAGCCAUAUAGCCUGUCUCAGCCACAGCCAUGCAGCCUGUCUCAGCCACAGCCAUACAGCCUCUCAGCCACAGCCAUACAGCCUGUCUCAUCCUCAAUACAGGAAGGAAUAGUGUGCUGCUCAGGAAGUCCACCACUUUCAAGGUCCCUGCCUUUCUUUUCCUGGCCGCCUGUCAGCGUGCUGCAAUUAGUCCCUAGGAGCCUAUUUAUAGGCCUAUCUUACUAUCUCCAGUUAAACAAUAGGACAAUAGGGUACACACAUGCUCUGUCUGAUGGCAAUCUGCAGGGCUUCAGCGUUGACAGGAGCAAUUGAGACCUCUCUCCUUGGCAGGUUUCCCAGGUCAAAUCAAUCAACUGAUCUCUCUUGUAAAUGUACAGUGUUGAUGAGUGCACCGUUACAGUCUGUAGUAGAGAUACAGUGUAGAACAUAGAUGGUAGAUAAAUGACAGGUGAGGUUUGGUGGUAUUUGAUUAAUCAUACUAAUGUAUUCUUAAUCAAUUCGAUAGGCAGGCCCAAAUGUUUGGCUCUGGGUUCUCAUUUUCAAUAGUUAUUCCAGAAUAUGGAAGUUUCAAGUGGUGUUACUGUUAGGUGUCUAAAAGGUUGUUAUAAUAUUGCUCUUCUUCUUCACUGUCUCAGAGUCCAAAAUGGAAAUCAUCACCCACACAGCAGAUGUGUUGCUGGGUGAGAAUUCCAUGCUCCUCUGCAAAGGUUGGUACAAUGUUCUGGCCAAUUCCAUAAGAGCAACAUUUUACCCUGCUUGAACAAAUACAAUAUAAUGCGAAAAAUGUAAAGGGUAGAGUGUCUUCUGCAUAUUGUAGUACACUGGCAUAUGCAGUUGUAUGAAUUUAUAUAUCCUUAACAAAUUAUUAAUAUAUGAUACACACAAUCACACAUAACCCCUCUUAGCUGGUGGGGAAGGAGAGAUCACCUGGCAGAAAGAUGGAGAGGAUGCUGAAGAUGAACAGUUUGAGAAAGUGGAUGAGACAUCGUCAAAACUGUUCAUCAGGAAUGCCAAGAUGGAGGAUGCAGGACGGUACACAUGCCUCUGUGAAUUUGAGACAGGUCACAGAGAUGAUGUAUCCUUGACCAUCUUUGUCUACGGUAAGAUGUUUAAAGUAAAACUUUUCACCUGGCUAAUAUGACCAAGAGUCAGUGUUGAAGGGUAUUUCUCGUAUUGUUUGAGUAUUGAGCUAAUUAAGUUGGCUUGCAAGAUCAAAGACGCUAUAUUGCUCAUAUCCCUGUCACACACACACACACGUUUGACCCCCUAAACCCUUAACCCUAACCUUAACCCCAAACCCCCAACUCAAUUCCUAACCCUAAACCUAACCCCUAACCCUAACCCUAAUUCUAACCCUAACCCUAAACCUAACCCCUAAGCCUAAAAUAGCCUUUUUCCUUGUGGGGAAUGGUGAAAUUUUCACAGUGACCCUCUCGCUCUCUCCAUCCCUCUCUCAACUCACCCAGAGCGGCCAUCCUUCGGGCAAACACCGGUCUACCAUGAGUUCCUGGAGGGUCAAGAUGCGGUUAUCACCUGCAUGGUCACUGGCAAGCCGGGGGUGGAAGUCAACUGGGAGAGGGACCAUCAGAAACUGCACUCUGACGGUAGGAGGGGUGCCCUCGCAAUGGCCGCUUCUGACAGUUCACGUGGUAUGGGGGUCUCUUAGCUUCCUAGCUCCUCACACUAGCUGCGUGCCUGCCUGUGACUGAUGGAGAGGUGGCGAUGGUGGACACGCUGUUGAGGGGCGGGAGGGGUCAUGUAGCUCAUAGGCUAUUCCGAUUUGCCACCAAAUCGAGGGAUGCUUUCCGGACUCUUCCCCGGAAACAUCUGAUUCAAAUCUGACAACCUUAAAGAGAGAGCGUGAUUGCUUUUUGAAGCUUGGUUAUAAUGAUGAUGAAGCAGACAGAACGUGUUCCUGACGCUGAGAUGGGGCUGAUCUUUCUUUUCCCUGUUGCCAUGUCUUGCUCCCAGCAGGUCGGAUCACAAUACUGAAAGACAACUCUCUACAGAUCAAGAACAUCAACAGGAAGGAUCAUGGAUCCUAUACCUGUGAGGGCAAAAUCAAGGACCGGCACAUUUCCGAAAAGAUCGUCAUCACCAUUUUUGUCAACGGUGGGGUCUACUCAAAGUGAAGGAGGGAAUAAGGGAUAUUUUAGGAUCUUUAUUUCAUAUAAACUCUGUAUAGACCAGAGGAUUAGGUGUGGUGUUGUAUUUGACUAUACUAAAUCAUGUCUCCUCUGACCCUCCUGCUGUAGUUCCUCCCACAGUGAAGAUCCAUGAGGAGGUGAAGAAUGUCAUGGCCGGACCAGAGACCAAUGUCUCCCUCAGUUGCCUGGUCGAGGGAGUCCCCCAACCGAACAUCACCUGGACAACGUGAGUGUGUGUGUGUGUGUGUGUUUGCUCACACCACUCAUGUGCAUGUGUGUAAAGCCAGAGUUUCCUGCUCGAUACAGUUUGCAAUAAAACAGAGAGAGAUCGAGAGAGAGAGCGAGAGAGAGAGAGAGAGAGAGAGAGAGAGAGAGAGAGAGAGAGAGAGAGAGAGAGAGAGAGAGAGAGAGAGAGAGAGAGAGAGAGAGAGAGAGAGAAUAAAACAGUGUAUUGGAAAGUGUGUGUUUGGGUGAAGGCGUCCAGUGUGUCUAUAUUUAUGUGGUCAUCUAUGUCUCAGUGCAUCACUAAUGUGGCGUGCCAUCCUGUCUGUGAGGUUGACUGUGUGUCUCACUUCCUGUCAGCUUCCUUAUCAGCACCGUGCUAAUGUUCUGUAGCACCAGGCCUCACGUCUGUCUGUCUGUCUGUCUGUCUGUCUGUUGGUGCUUCCCUCCUCAGCCCAGACUCUUCAGAUGAGUCCCGCUACAAGUACAACUCAGACAAGAGUGAGCUGAUUAUCUCGUCCGUAGUCAGGAGUGACUAUGGAGAGUACAUCUGCACGGCCAAGAAUAAGAUCGCAGAGAGCAGUGCCAUGAUCAUGCUGGAUGUCUCAGGUGUGGUUUUUUAGAGAAAAACAAACAGCUUUAGCUUCAUAAAACCAAGCUUUCUCCAAAAGAACAGAUUAAAAAUAGCUUGUUAUUUGAAUACUUCCUUCCAGAUGUUUACGUUCCUGAUAUACAGAGAUAUCAUGGAGAAUUUGAUUCUGUGUAUGCAACCAUUUUCUGUCAGACAGUCUAGUGAGCCUGAGCCAAUAGAAGGUGUUUCGGAAAACAAACCAUUUGAUCCCAUUCAAACCCAUUACCUGUGUACCAUUUUCAAUUUGAACGUUAAACCAGGGAAAAGCAGCAGUGUGUGUCUCUCAUCAGAUAAUAAAUAAAAGUUAAUCUUCAGGUGUCUGCACAGAAUGAGUACCUUGGAGGAAAAUGGGGAAGGUUCAUGGUUUUUCAAUUUCAGUCAAGUGGAGGGUUUAGUAUUUUUUUAAAAUCUAGUUCUGGGGAGGGUCAUGUAAUUUGUAAUUGAUGAAAUUUCAAUAUUUCUCAGUAUUUUAGAAUGAGUUGCUUAUUAGACUAUAUAUGGACGUGUGCCUGAUGCCACCCCUCAUCUCUGAUUCUCCACUGGUUGGACAAUAUCAGGUGUGCCUACAGGCUAUUUAGAGUGGUCUUAAUCAAAUGUAGGCUAAAGGCUACGAAGUGCAUGCUCGGAGAAGCACAGAGCAAAGUUAUAUUCCUAAGAUAGCUGCUGGGAUGGUGUAAAUAAAACUAGGCUGCAUUACACACUGCAAUGGAUAUUCCAACCCUGAGCCCCGGCCACCUCUGCUCUUGUUGAUCAAAAACCUUUUUGUGUCCUGCCUAACCAAUGGCUGUGCUGUGUAGGCCUAAGGUGGCAGUUCAGGAGGAGAGUCCAAGGCAUUUUUUUAUUAGGCCUAGUCUAAAAAUGCACUAACUUGAGCGCAGACUAGCCUAUAGCCUAUGUUCUGUUCAGUUUGAGGAGAGCACAAAGAUGAGAAGGAGGAUCGGAGGUCAACUUUGAUAGCUUGCUACUACUAUCAUUUAUUUUGAUUAAAAACAAUAUGUUUCUUGCCCAUGUAUUUCUUCAUUUUAAUUCAACUUUACUAACAACAAGAGGGCUUUGUGUUGGAGCAUAUUUCUUCCUAUUUAAGAAAUAAGAGGUAGGUCUACCUGGUUUGACAGACGAAAUUAGGUUAUAGGCUGCUAUAUCCAUAGAUUUGUCCGUCAAUUCCUCCACCCACCAUGCACUCUUUAAAUAGCCCACCCCCGUGUCAGUGAAGGGUUGUUAAGUUAAAACCAAGACUCAAAUUGAGGGGGUAUGAGAGGGUAUGCCAUAGGCCUACCUUUUAUUAAAGAAAAGGGCAAAAAGCACAGGCCUACCCCUUGUUAACUUAAGAUUUUGAAGAAAAUAAAACAGAAUCCGAUUACAUAAAAUGAUCUACACUAAAUGUACAAAACACCUGCUCUUUCCAUGACAUAGACUGACCAGGUGAAUCCAGGUGAACACUAUGGUCCCUUAUUGAUGUCACGUGUUAUUCAAUCAGUGUAGAUGAAGGGGAGAAGACAGGUUAAAGACAGGUUAAGCCUUAAGACAAUUGAGACAUGGAUUAUGUGUGCCAUUCAGAGGGUGAAUGGGCAAGACAAAACAUAUGCUGAGGAAUAUUUCUGUCUUUAAUAAAGCCAUGUGAUGUGAAAUCCAUAGAUUAGGACCAAAUGAAUUCAUUUCAAUUGACUGAUUUCCUUCUAUGAACUGUAACUCAGUAAAAUCUUUGAAAUUGUUGCAUGUUGCGUUGAUUUUUUUGUUCAGUAUAAUUCUGUCACUAUCAGUUGAUUAAGCUAUUCACUUUCUGUCCAAUAGAAGAUGUUUAAACCCGGACAGCUUUUAGGGAAACACUUGUGACCUUCUCUCGUUGGGUCAAACCAUGGAAGAAGAGCAGCCAGCAGUUAAAGCUUACAUUUUUCUGCGUCGGUAGGCGUACUCCUCAUAUGUCUCAGAUUUAAUUAUUUACAAACAGGGACAGGUUCAUUGCAAACAAGACAAACUGAUUUGGCAUUGGAGAAAUAUGAUAAGAUGAACACAUAGGCCUAUCUCUCUGUCCAGUCUUAGCCUGUAAUUUCGGUAAUUUGUGUGGUAUUAAAAAAGAUUCUGCUAAUAUGUAAAAUUACGUAGAAUUACAUGAAAUGUUUAUACAUGUUUUCUCAGACCUGCAAAUACGAUGAUAGAUUUAUGCAGUGCUUUUACUAUAAAGGAAAUCUUUCCACCUUGUCCACGGUGGUCUGCAAACCCACAACCUUCUGGCCCUGGCCGCAGCCCUGUGCGCAAUCAACAUUCCUGCGUUGCCAUGUAAUGCUUACAGGACAAAGAACAGUUUCUAAAACGUCAUAUCUAAGGCUCUGGUCUGUCCAAGGAGAGAGGGUAAACAGUAGACAUGUUCCCUGCUUUCCACUUUAUGUUUUCAUUAUUAUUUUGGGUAUAGGGGAGGGUCACUUGUUUUUUGUUUUUUAUGUUCAGGGAAGGUUAAAUAUAUUUUGCUGAAGGAAGGCCCAUCCAUUUUUAUUUCAGAGAGGUUAGAUUUUCUCCAUGUAACCCUUAUCAUAAAUAACGUUCACUCCCUAACCAUACACAAGACCAAUAUCUUGCUGGCUUAACCAUACACAAGACCAAUAUCUUGCUGGCUUAACCAUACACAAGACCAAUAUCUUGCUGGCUUAACCAUACACAAGACCAAUAUCUUGCUGGCUUAACCAUACACAAGACCAAUAUCUUGCUGGCUUAACCAUACACAAGACCAAUAUCAUGCUGGUCUUCGAAGCCAUCUGAACACACAACUCACAAUCAUUUUUCCUAUUUAACAGAAGAUGAAUAUAUAUUGUUAAUAAUUUGCACAUAUUCUUAUCUAAUGUAAUUUGUUUGUGAUUGUCACACAAAGCACUCAGUUCUUCCUGUCUCUUGUUCUGUACGUGUCUCCAGAGCAUCCUGUAGCAAUGCUGAGCCAGGAGAAGAUGGAGGUGGAGCCUGGCCAGACACUCUCAGUGUCCUGUAACGUCUCAGGACACCCUAUGCCCGCGCUGCAGUGGGUCAGGAAGACCAACAAUGACCACCUCGUAAAAGUAGUAAGACAGACGUUUUUUUAAAUUAAAAAGACUGAUGAUAUGAUACGUUCACACAGUGGCAUUAAUUACUAAAAACAUUGGGGGAGAACCAGGCAGAGAAUUAGUUUUUUGUUAUAUUUCUCUCCUCUGAAUUCCUGUCUGGUUGUGUUUGUGUGGACACAGGACGCUGGUGGAGGUCGAGUGAGAAUGGAGGAUGGCUAUGUCCUGGUCAUUGACAAUGUGACACCCUCUGAUGGAGGUCUAUACAGCUGCAUGGCUAUCAGUCCUGUUGGCAACACCUCCACAGACUUCAGCCUGCAGAGUAAGGCCACUCUUGACCUUCCUACUCUUUUAUGAUAAUACUUAGCGCUAACACAACAUCCCACUGGACACAGACGUCCGUUCAAUGUUUAAUUUUGAUUUACAGUUGGUUGACUAACUAACUAAAAUGUCACCAUGUCAUUGGAUUUAGGUUAAAAGUUGGGUAAAAAACUUUUUUCAAAUCCAAUCAGUUUUUUACGUUGAUUCAACAUCAUCGCAUUUAAUUUUGGGGUUUAAAUGACAUGGAAACAACGUUGAGUCAACCAGUUUUCACCUUUCUAUAAAGGGACAAGCAGCCACAAACCACUAUAAUAUUAAAAAAUAACUGAAAACAAUGGGAGUUUUUAACUUAAGUGUAGGUACUCUAUUUACAUUUGCAGUGAUCACCGUUUUUUGUUUCUAAUGGCAAUGUUCUUCUUCUUUCAUCCUGACAUGCUCAUUCUCUCUUCACCUCUCUCUGUCUUUGAACUGCUCUGCACCUCCCUCCUUCCACCCUCUCGUUCUCCAUUUUUCUCUUAUCUCUCCUCCCCCAGCCUGGCCAGGUAAAGCAUCCCAGGUGAGUGGCACCCCAGGGCCCACGUCGGUCCACUUCACCCUGGGGGCUUCCCUGGUGGACGGGGGCUCUCCCAUCACCAACUUCAUCCUCCAGUGGAAGACAGGAAGUGAGAACAAUUGGCAGGAGAGAGUCAUCCAGUCCACAGGUAAAAACCUGACUCUCAGUGACCAAUCUAUUUAAUGAAAUACUGUAGAUGAUGUUUGGGACAGUUACAUAAGAUGAAUCCAAUGAAUACGUUGAGGACUAGAAGUCGUAUCUGAAUACUGAUUUCCCUAAAACCAGGGGAGGCCUCUGAUGACGAUUUUAGUGAUAUGACUGAGUAGUUUGAGUGUAUAAAUAUAAAAGUGAUAUGUGUGUGUUCAUGCACUCUGUUGUUUGUGUGCAGACCCCCUGGUGAUCACACAUCUGUUUCCCUACACCUCCUACUCUGUCCGAUUUGCCCCUCGGAACAACCUGGGACAGGGAGGUUUCUCAGACGAGCUCACCGUCCGCACACAGGGCAUACGUGAGUGUCACCCUCCUCUUCCUCCUCUCUCUCUCUUCACUCCGAAUCGCAUCAUAUCUAGGCAAAUGCAGUAUAAUUAUUAUUAAAUGUCACCAACUAUCGUUGUUCAAACUGCAUUACUUGUGUUAACAAGCUAUGUCCAUAUUGUGAUACAAACUAUAUCCAUAUUGCCUACUGUUUUGAGUUUCUAUAUAUAUUGGCUGGAAGAAAUGUUCAUCUGCCAUCAUUCACUCAUUCCACUGUCACAUGAUCAUCCACAUGACAUCGUCACCUGCUCGCUGACGGCUACUCAUGCUCCAUUAUUGCCCCACUCCUGAUGUCAUCAUCCCAUUCCAUUGGCAUUCGGCCCCGCAGGAGGUAAAGUACUGACACGUGUUGUGAAACUCUGCAAAGCCAGUUUUUUCAUGGAUAACCAACCUACCAUAAUGACAGUAGAUUUUACUACAACACUGUGUAGUUAUAAGCUGACUGAUGCAUGAACACGCCUGACCUCCUGUACCUACUGUACCAACACACUGCCCCUCCCUUCCCAGGGGAACCAGACAGCCCGGUCCUGGUGGCCAGCGAGGGGAAGGUUGAGGGCAAUAUGUUCUCAAUCCCUUUAACGCAGUUGGACAACGGAGGCUCCCCCAUUAUCCACUACAUUGUCCGCUACAGAGUGGUGAGUAUGCAUGCGUUUUUGUUUUUCAGUGAAGACAAAAGAUCAAGACAUUACAGAGUGUGCAUGUCCUUAACCCCCCACUCUCUGUCUCUCUCUUAGAAUAAGGUGGACGAGGACUGGAGGCAGAAGGACCUGCCAUCCAACUCGACAGUGAUCAACCUCCAUGACCUGCAGUAUAAUUCAGACUACCACAUGGAGGUGCUAGCCGUCAACCCCAACGGCUCCUCCAGCCCCGCCAAGCUCAACUUCAACAUCCCACAGCCUGGUAAGCUGCUAUGGCAUACUGUAGUAGUGAAAUAAAUCUUGAGACCAUCUGAGAGGUGUCAGAGGCAAGGACACACCAGAACUCAACAACAAUAUAGCAAACAAUUAUAUACUUUAUUAAACAUUUAAUUUCAUAAGACUGCGUGGAGUAUCUGAGAUAGGCGCCCUACUAUAUUUAUGCAGUCUAUGCAACUCAACUGGAGCCUGAGUAGGAAGCGAAAACUGUGGGGUAAGAAACACAUAGGCUAUGAGCUUAAUUACACACUAGGAGGUGACACUGCACACAAAGGUGGGAACAUGUGGUUACAAGGCAAACUGGACAUCAAAUACUCUUAAAGCAUGCGACCGACUUCACUGCAGACAGGUGCUUGGACCAACACAAACAGUCAAAAGACCCACACGAUAGUGAUAAAGGCAUAUAUAGGACCCAGCCCUCUUAAGCUACAUAACUGUUCUGCCCGCCCUUCAUAACCCCUGCUGUAAUUUAAAAAGCUACUCCUAACAACUAAACACAUUUAACAGGACUUAGCCAACAGAAUAGGUACAGACAUGACACUAAACAUUUAAAUGUCAUAUUUAAACACAUUUAGCUUGUCUAGCUGACGAGACGCUCCUGUGGGGUCUGAGCGUGUGCACCCUUGCUGAGACGGCAGGCAUGGCAAGUUGCAGGCCGACAGUAGGCACAUACCUUAGAUGCACUGAGUAGCCUUAGCUUUAAGCAACAACCCAAAAAAUAGCUUUCUUAUCUGGUUGUCGUCGGCAGCCCUACACAGCAGCGAAUGACACCCUCCCACCAUUAUAGGGUGAGUGCAGCUUUACCACAGUUACAUACUGGAAAACGGACUAUUGCCCAAUAGAGAGGAAAAUAUCUCUGAACUAAAAACAGUUACAGAACAGAGCAGCCAGAGCAGGAUAAAUAUGAUUCUCUCUCCCUCGCUGUGUCUCUCUCUCCUUCUCUCCCUCCCUUUCAUCCCCUCCCUUCCCUUCUUCCCUUUCAGUAGCCAAGAUGAAUCAGGGUGGGAUGGGGAAAGGGGCUGUGGCAGGCAUUGUCAUGCUCAUCUUCUUGGUGCUACUGAUCGCCGUGGACACCACCUGUUGCUAUACCAACCGCUGCGGCAUGUUGAUGUUCCUGGCUGUCAAGCUGUUUGGGCAGAAGGUCCCUGGGAUGAAGACUGUGGAGGAGGGUGAUGGCAUCUCUAAUGGGUAACACUGUUCUCUAGCCUACUGUCUGUCUGUUCCUCAACGUAACGUGUUCAGAGGGUUGUAGUGUGGUUAUGUGUGUUUCUCUAUAUGAACCCUCCUGAGCCUCAGUUUAUGUGUGUCCUUCAAUGCAGAGACUUGAAGUUGAAUGGGCUAGGCAUACCGAGGGAUAGCAUCCCAAAACUGCAGACACAAAAUGUGGCAAAGAAUGGGUUGCAGGCGGAGGUCACAUGCGACAAAGCGCCCCUCACCAAAUUCGAGUAGGUGGCCCAUGAUGAUGUCAGAGGGGUGGACACAGCCCACCCUCGCCCUAAACGGUCUGUGAUCCAUAAAAAAUGGCAAAAAGAGGCACCUCUGCACUUAUAAGUCAGCAAGUGUGUUUGAUCACUGACUAAUUAUAUUAUAAGUAAUAUAACCAUGUGCAAAGUGAUUCCCUUAGCCAUUUUUUUAUACCCAUUUUAAUUGUUAGGUAGCCACCACCCACUUGCCACUGCUAGAGUCUUUGAUGAUUUGAACUGACGAACACAGGAAUACCCUCUCAGAUUUAGAAGGCACACAGUCUUAUUUUCCUGUAUUUGCAUGUGCGUAUUUCGUUACUGAGGUAAAGACUCAUUAAAUAUUUCCAUGGCUAGCUGUAUUGAGUUGUAUUUUAUAUCUAACCUGACCCAUCAUUUCCUGUCAGGAAAACGUCCCCCAAUGGAGAUCCAGCCACAGAGGCCUGAGUUACUGAACAGGAAGUGACAUCAUAGUAUCUGAAGAAUGGAACCAGUAAAUGCCAAAGUUGAAAGGAGGAAGUAUUGUGAGUUGGGGGUCUUAGUUAAAUGUUUUUUGAGAGUUCCCAGGACAGUCCAAGUUGAGAAAGAAAAAGGAUUAGGAAAGUUAUCUGUGAACUCUAAUGUCUAUGUGUAAUUUCAUCCAACCCUGUGCAAUCUCAUGUUAAGUGUUACGUUUCCUUGAUUUUAUAUUUCAGUACAUUCAUGUUAUAUUUCAGCACUUUAAGGCUGCUGUAAAUUGUCAGGGAGACCUUCGUAGUUUAUGAAUUGAAUCAUAACUCAUUAUUUAUUGAAGUCUAUAUUCACUUUAAUCUGCAAAAAAUCUGUAAGUGACAUAUCAUUAUUUAAUAAGGACAGUUUAUUCUAACAUAUUAACAUAUUUCCACAUUCAAUAUACAGUAUCCAGCAUGAUCACAUUAACAAAUAACAACGUGUCAAAAUUACAUCUCUUCAAGGAUUGUAAUCAUGACAAAUAUACAGAGCUCUUAUAUAUUACAGAGAAAUAUGAUAUGCUUAUUUUUUUAAUAAUCUGUUGUUAAAUUGCAUUCCCUGUGUGCUCAUGUAAUCGUUUUAUGUUUGUAUUUGUAUAAUUAUCCAAUUUUUUACUGUUUAUUUUGUAUAUUGUACACUGUACAUAGUUUGUACAUACACAUACACCAUAACAGCUAUGUAUUUAGCUAUUUUAAAAAAUUGACUUAAAAACAUGCUUGUUUUCAUUCACUUUUCUUCAGAUGCCCAUACUGUAGGCCAGGACUGCCCAACCCUGUUCCUG